GCUGCUGCGCGUUGAGAGUACAACAGCGACGUUAAAGAACAUUUAGUCGACUUUCGAUGUCAAUAGUAUAAUUUUUUUUUGAAUUGAAGACGGGCAAAAAGUGAUUUUACCUAUUUUAUAAUUAACUAAAUUGUAUAUAAUUAUAAAAUGUAAUUAUUAAAUGUAAUACAAAAAAAUUAACUAUAGCUAUUAAAUGAUGUUACUUUAACAAAUAAUUUUAAUUAAUUCGUAUAAAUGAUGAUGUUUUUAACUUAACAGUAUUAAAUAUAUAGAAAAUUUAUAAUAAUAUAAAAAAUAAUAUUCAAAAAUGCAAACAAUUUGUUAAAAUCUGUUUAUCGAUAUUAGUGUAAAACGUGUAAAACGUGUAAAAGUGAAGAAUUUUAUUUAUUAAAACACAAAAUUUUAAUAUUACAAGUAUUAUAAAAUACACCAUGAUGUUUUAAAUAUUUGAAAUAAAAAGCUGGUUUUAAGUUUUUUUUUGUACAAAAAACUUUCGCAAAACUACUCGUAAAAUAAAACAACUUCAUUAAAUAAUUUUCAAAAUUUUAACACUUCUGGACUUAAAGAUAUAUAUUCAAAGUGGAUACCAUAUCGUUGCCCCUUGGAGGACUUUCCCAUGUUAGAAUGGCUUUGGCUAGAUUGCCGGUAAACGAAUGUCAGGCGAGCCAAACUGCUAGAGUAACGUCUAACCUGAACGCAUCCAGCAGCACAAUGGCGGUUAGUCGCGUACCAUCACCGCCUUUACCAGAAGUUAACACACCAGUUGCUGAAAACUGGUGUUACACACAAGUGAAAGUUGUAAAAUUUAGUUACAUGUGGACAAUAAAUAACUUUAGUUUUUGUCGCGAAGAAAUGGGUGAGGUACUAAAGUCAUCUACUUUUUCUGCCGGUGCUAAUGACAAGUUGAAAUGGUGUUUACGUGUAAAUCCCAAAGGUUUGGAUGAAGAAAGCAAGGAUUACCUAUCUUUAUAUUUAUUAUUAGUAUCUUGUAACAAAUCAGAAGUUAGAGCCAAAUUUAAAUUCUCGAUAUUAAAUGCUAAGAGAGAGGAAACGAAAGCUAUGGAAUCGCAGAGGGCAUACCGGUUUGUGCAAGGCAAAGAUUGGGGCUUUAAAAAAUUCAUUCGGCGAGAUUUUCUUUUAGAUGAAGCAAAUGGCCUAUUACCGGAAGAUAAACUAACAAUAUUUUGCGAAGUUAGCGUUGUAGCUGAUAGUGUGAAUAUAUCUGGCCAAUCUAAUAUUGUUCAAUUUAAAGUGCCCGAAUGUAAAUUAUCCGAAGACUUAGGCAAUCUUUUCGAUAAUGAAAAAUUUAGUGAUGUUACGUUAGCUGUUGGCGGUCGCGAAUUUCAAGCACAUAAAGCAAUAUUAGCAGCUCGUAGCGAAGUAUUUGCUGCCAUGUUCGAACAUGAAAUGGAAGAAAGAAAAUUGAAUCGUGUCGCCAUAACAGAUGUUGAGCAUGAAGUUUUAAAGGAAAUGUUACGUUUUAUAUAUACUGGCAAGGCGCCAAAUUUAGAUAAAAUGGCUGAUGAUCUCUUAGCAGCUGCUGACAAGUACGCACUUGAAAAACUGAAAGUGAUGUGCGAAGAGGCGCUGUGCGUUAAUUUAUCCGUUGAAACAGCUGCUGACACACUAAUAUUAGCCGAUCUCCAUAGUGCGGAUCAACUGAAAGCACAAACUAUAGAUUUCAUAAAUACUCACGCCACUGAUGUGAUGGAAACCGCCGGCUGGCAAAAUAUGAUAACAACACAUUCGCACUUAAUUGCGGAGGCGUUUCGAGCGCUCGCAACGCAACAAAUCCCACCAAUUGGACCACCAAGAAAACGUGUUAAAUUGAGCUGA